AUGCCUUCACCAGCUCAGCUAGCGCUUGCAAUGGCCAUCGUCAAGCUCAAGCCACCGGAUGUGGAUCUCAAAGGCAAUAUUCCCGUCUUAAUUCGUCAUCACAUCAAAAGCACCCACUCAUCUGACAGGUCUUACACGCAUGACAAAUUCUUCGACAGCGUCUCAUUCUGGCAACAAGCAUACGAGCGGUCCGAAGCAGAACAAUGCAAUUUGCUGGAUCGAAUAUACGAAUUAGAGCAACGCAAUGAGUCGCUUCGGGCACGGCUCCAGGGUGCAGAUGAUACUGGUGCAGAAAACGGUCAAUCGGCAUUGAAACGCAAGACUACUGCGAAGGGUGCUGCUCCCGGUAGUAGUGCUAUGACACGGAAGAGAGCAAAGACCCAGACCUUCUCUCGAAUGGAUACCUCGGUGUUUGGCAAUAGUCUUUCUGCAGGAUUAGAUGGCGGUGUGGUCGAUCAUUUAGACUUUUCUGAACAAUUCACUGCACCUUUCAUGAGGCAACUCUACGCAUUACAGAAAGUUCUGCAGAAACGGCCCAAUAAUUCAAACAUUGUUAGGGCCGCAGUGGAGCUUUGCGCUACUGCAACAAAGACUGUGCUUGAUGCGAUUGAACAACCAGUUGUAUCCCGAUCCACGACUAAAGCGAUACCAGAGCCCAAGAGGCCGGAUAUACUAGCUGUUUUGAACAGCACCGAGAAUGCUUUUCUGAUCCUAAUGCACACUUUCAAAAAACUAUCUGCAUCUGGACAACAUAUGCGAGAUGCUGGGCAGAUUACGUACUCUAUCGUUCGCUUAUAUGAGGUUAUUAUAGAAGCUUUGGGUCGGCAUUGCAGGAGAAAAGCGGAACAGCAACUUCGUGAGUCUAAACCAAGCGCAAACCAAACUCAACCAAGGCAAAAGGCAAAAACCAAGCGAUCCAGAACAGGCUACUCUGUUGAUGAUCAGAACCAAGCAGAUGAAAGAGAUAAAAUAGCCACUCACAUGAGCUUGUUGCUGAGUAGAAUGGCACUAUCGCUCAACAUUGACUGUGUAGCUAAACAAAGUAUUCUUGAAGGGUUCCUAUUCGUCCUUUUGAGUCGUGUGGGGAAGCUAGUUUCCUUGUUUGUCUUCCACGAUUUGCGUUUGCGACCUGAUUUGCAGAUGAAUGAUGCCAGGUUUCCUUUGCCAGGGGGUCUGGAGGGAAUUAACAUGGCUGAGAACACAUUACCCGCAGCGGCCAUGGAGGCUAAGAGCCUUAUAUGGCCAUUGGAAAAGAUGUUAGUCCUACUCGAAGAUGCUCCAUCUAUGUCUUCAGAUCCCAGUCAUGGGUGUACAAACAAGCAGUUGGCUGCAAAGCUCAAGGGAAAGCUACAGGCUACCCUGCUUCACUCGGUCUUUGGCACCGACUCGCUCUGGCCAGAGGCUCUACAAUACCCCAUGGGGCCAGAUGAACGGGAUCUUGAACGACUUCAGACCUGCUCGGAAAUUCCCGAGCAAUCAGUGCCCGACUGGUUUGUACAAGAGAUUUGGAGGCUCAUAGGCUGGGAGAUGCUAGCUGCGAGAAAUUCCCCGAAGAUGUAGACGUGGUGGUUCUGGCCGCAGUCUGACCUUGGCCAACCCGGAGGGAUGAGGCCGGGAUUUGCGUCCAUCUGACAUGUAUGACUUACUGAUCUCAACGGAAAUACUUGCAUCCUGCAUAUGCC